AUGUGGCUAGGCUCGAGCGGCAGCCGUAAGGUCGACGGUUACGAGGACGAUGGCCGAGAGAGGCGGAGGAGGACGACGACGGUGGCGCUCUGCGUGGCUAACGGUUUGGCUCAUGAAAGCAUCAAGGGAUUAGCCCGGCGCAACUGGUACCUACCAGCUGUUAGGCACCUGAGAUCCGUCAAUAGCUUUGCUAUGCCUCUCGGCUUUGGUGUUCCCAAAGAUAGCAGCAGUGAUUAUGCUCGCAAGCCACGCGGGACGUACACAGCCAACGGCGUGGAGCAGCAGGAUGAGGCAUUGACGGGAGGAUGA